GACCGGAGGGAGUGAGCAGGAGGGCAUCGUGAAGUUUCUGAGGGAGGAAGGGACCUACAAAAGACAACUGCAGUGCAGAGAGAUGUAGCUAUCACCCACUGCCUUGGCAGAGUGGGCCUUCUGAGUACUACAUCAGGUUGUUGUUCCUCCUCUUCCUGAUCACUCUGCAGCGAGUGGUGACGGACGUGCUGUCGGAUAAGACACAAGCUCUUCCCGGCCUCGCCCCGAGGGCAUCUCGCUACGCCCCUUACAGCCAGGUCCCCGCCCUCCUCAGGUAGAUGGAGAAGCUUAGCCAAUCCCGAGGGCUCUAAGGCAAAGAAGGUGGGACGAGAAGGAAAAAAUUAGGACAGGAGCGCCAACCAAUCGGGCGUCUGGCUGCCUGAACGACAGCUAUCAGUACCCAGUUGGAGACGCCGUCCUGAGCCAGGGGGCGGGUUGGUGGGGAGUGAACCAAUCGGUGACGAGAGAAGGCAAAUUCGAGCCAAUUAAAACUGAGAAGGCGAGGAGUGGAGGAACACGCCCGGUGGCUGCUGGGUGGUAGGUGAGGGAUCGGCUUUCCCUCUUACUUCCCACCCUAGGACUUCUUAGCCUCUGGAAUGCAAGAAGGGCUCAGGGAGUUCCCAGAGUGGGGUGUAGAGGGGGACCUUCCUAGGGUCCCUUUUCCUUCUUGGGUUGCUAUGGAGUUCCCAGAACACAGCCAGCAGCUGCUGCAGAGCCUCCGAGAGCAGCGGUCCCAGGGUUUUCUUUGUGACUGCACCGUGAUGGUGGGUAGCACUCAGUUCUUGGCUCAUCGGGCAGUGCUGGCCUCCUGCAGCCCAUUUUUCCAGCUUUUCUACAAAGAGCGGGAACUGGACAAGAGGGAUCUGGUGUGUAUCCACAACGAGAUUGUCACAGCCCCAGCCUUUGGGCUGCUUCUGGACUUUAUGUAUGCUGGCCAGCUGGUCCUGAGGGGAGAUACCCCUGUGGAGGAUGUGCUGGCAGCUGCCAGCUACUUGCACAUGAAUGAUAUCGUCAAGGUGUGUAAGCGGCGGCUGCAAGCCCGGGCCCUGGCAGAGGCAGACAGUACCAAGAAGGAGGAGGAAACCAACUCACAGCCUUCUAAUUUGGAGUUCCUAUCCAGCACUUCCCGUGGUCCCCAGCCUUCUUUGGCAUCUGCUGAGACAUCAGGCCACUGGAGCAAAGGGGAGUGGAAAGGCUCAACUGCUCCUUCACCUACUCUCUGCCCUCCAGAUGAGUCACCGAUGCCAGCUGGGGCUGACACCACACAGCCUGGUGUGGAGGUGGACUCCCCGCAUCUGCGGGCACCUCCUCCUCCAGUGGUUGACAUCUCUCUUGCCAGCCCCAGCAGCUCCACAGAGACCAACCCUGCAAACUACUUCUCUUCCAGCCCAACAGUUUCAGUAGAGCCAUUGGCUCCCCUUGAUGUGGGUUCAGAGAGUCUGAGGGUGGUGGAACCAAGGGGUACUGGAGGACCAUCGCAAGGCUUUUAUCCCCCAGCUUCAGCUGCAGCCCCAGUCCCAGCCCCAGUGGAAGCUGAGCUGGUCCAGGUGAAAGUCGAAGCUAUUGUGAUUUCUGAUGAGGAGGCUGAUGUGUCAGAGGAACAGCCUCGGGGUCCUGAGGGACUGCUCCCACCUGGAGGAGCAAUGUAUGGUGGACAGCCCCAGCCAGAGGCUUUUGAGGAGCCACGGGUGGCAGGACUGGAGGAAGUGGGGCCAAGUGACCACUUGUCACCAGAUCCUCACCUAUCCUACCAUUUGCUGCCAGGUCCAGGGCAGUAUCAUCGAGGACUGGUGACCUCACCCCUGCCUGCGCCAUCUGCCCUGCAUGAGCCCCUCUACCUGCCUUCUGAGUAUGAAGCAGCCCCAGGAAGCUUUGGGGUUUAUACUGAGGAUGUCCCCACUUGUAAGACAUGCGGGAAGACCUUCUCCUGCUCUUACACACUACGGCGCCAUGCCACCGUGCACACCCGGGAGCGACCCUAUGAGUGCCGCUACUGCCUGCGCAGCUACACGCAGUCAGGGGACCUGUACCGCCACAUCCGCAAGGCUCACAAUGAGGACCUGGCCAAACGCAGCAAACCGGAUCCGGAGGCUGGCCCCCUUCUAGGAGGGCAGCCUCUCCCUGGCUCCCCACAGGCAGCAGAUAAACAGAACAGCAGUGGUGGUGGAGGGCCACCCAAGGAUUUUGUACUUGGCCCCAAAAACUGACAUCUGGGCACACAUGCGCUGAUGCUAGGCCUGCGCUUGCUACUGUUGGAGGGCGCAGCACCGAAGGUUGAAAGCAUCUCAUUUUCCCUGCUGGGGACCGAGUGAAGAUUCUGCUCUGGCUGAAGCUUCCUACCCUUUCCUUUUCCCGACCAGAUUGCAGGACUUCAUGGGGCAUGGCAUCUCAGUCAGUCCUUCAGCAAGGGCACUGGGAAUUUUCCUGAGGUGUAAUCGCUCCUCACUCUGCAGUCCGGGCCAUAAAGCGAGCGGUGAAACUGUCUCUUUAAAUGAGUGUUGGCUGGUUUCUCCCACAAACCUGCAUGCCUCCUGAUGUUUUAUACCACCCUCCAGAUCUUUUAGGAAUCUGACGUCUGUAUUUGAGGCAGAGACAGGUCAGGCUGCUCAUGAGGAAAAAAAGCGAGACAGGCAGAGGGCAAUGUAGACUUUACUAGGAAAAGUGUACAAAUUAGGGAAUUUUACACCAUCAGGAUUUGUUGUUGCAGUUGAGCGCCCGUGUCCGGGGCUGUACUGGGGACGUCCCAUAAAUACUCACUUAAUCCUCAACAACUUGAUGAGGAAUUAUCCUUCUCCCCACUUUCUUUUCCCACGGACAAGGACACUUGAGACUGAACAAGCAGUGUGACCUUGUUCAAAGUCACAGGGCUAGUUAAGGGGGCAAGCCAGAAUUGGAACCCUGGCUUGUGGCUUCAGACGACAUUGUUGAAGAUAGUUAACUGCGAACUAGAUGUUGGUUUUUUUUUGACCUUUUGAGUGUUUGGGUUUUGUUGCUCUACCCCUUUACCUCUGCUUUCCACCUAGAAAGACCUGUGUGGACUGUUUCAGCAACAGAUACUGUGUUGAUGAUUUGCAAUUUUGGCCUACGUGUUGUAAAUGUGAAUUGAGAUCUCCAAAGAUGACAAACUAGAAGGCAGAAAGACGCUAGGCUCCAUGGUGGUAGAUGUGGGGGCCUGUGGGAUGGAAGUGAUGGGUUCUUGGAAAACUAAAGGAACUCUUGGAGUGCCUGUCGUGGCGCAGUGGUUAACGAAUCCGACUAGGAACCGUGAGGUGGCAGGUUCGAUCCCUGGCUUUGCUCAGUGGGUUAAGGAUACAGCGUUGCCAUGAGCUGUGGUGUAGG